GCCGACCACGAAUGCGGUGCUCCUGCUGCAGACCACGCCUACCAAGGGCCUGCCUCAGCCACUGCAGCUGAGCUCAGGGCCUUCUGUGGGGUUUGCGGGGGGGCAAGGUCAGCUGCCCACUGCCCUCCCUCUGGGGCUAUUUGAGGAAUGCGGUCCUUUUGCAUAAGAAAGUCUUUUCUCUGCAAUAAUUGUGUUCGCUGAUCAGUGACACCUUCCUGAUGUAAGUGGGAUCCAUGAUCUGGAAAUUCACAGAGGCCCGCUCACCACCACCUGAUGAAAAAUACACCACAGGGUGAGAGCAUCCUAACAGCAAACUGCAAAUGAGAUACUUUGACGAAGGCAAUUGGGACUCCCAUCAAAUCUCCACGCAGCUAGCAGCCACGUGGGGUACUUCUCCAGUAUAUAUAAGUGGAAUUUAGAAGGCAACAUUCCCUGAACAUACUCCUCCACCAGAAUCUCCUCUACAGAAUUUUGCUGCUCGUUUUACCAGUGGCUGAAGCUACCUUCUCUUAUGGAUCGCUUACACCUGAGACGAACUACCGAACAGCACGUACCAGAGGUGGAAGUCCAAGUCAAACGCAGAAGGACUGCCUCACUGAGCAACCAAGAGUGUCAGUUGUACCCGAGGCGUUCUCAGCAGCAGCAAGUACCUGUGGUGGAUUUCCAGGCUGAACUGAGGCAGGCAUUCUUAGCUGAGACACCAAGAGGUGGUUAAAGCCAUAUUGGAAUAGCGAGGAAUCUGAUUCCAGCAAAAACCAGGCUCCGUCUACUCUUUGAAGCUUCUGCCCAGCUUGCAUUGUUUCUAGGAGAACCUGCGUCAUACCUUUAUCUAUAGCCUUCCCCUAGGUCUUCAGAAGCACCAAUUUUUAACUGUGGACAUUGGAUUUGGUGGAACAGCAAUCAUGACUGUGGGCAAGAGUAGCAAGAUGCUGCAGCACAUUGACUAUAGAAUGAGAUGUAUCCUGCAAGAUGGCCGAAUCUUCAUUGGCACCUUUAAGGCUUUUGACAAGCAUAUGAAUUUGAUCCUCUGUGAUUGUGAUGAGUUCAGAAAGAUCAAGCCAAAGAAUGCGAAGCAACCAGAGCGUGAAGAAAAGCGGGUUUUGGGUCUGGUGUUGCUGCGUGGGGAGAACUUGGUAUCCAUGACUGUGGAGGGGCCACCCCCCAAAGAUACUGGCAUUGCUCGGGUACCACUUGCUGGAGCUGCUGGAGGCCCUGGGGUUGGUAGGGCAGCUGGUAGGGGAGUACCAGCUGGUGUGCCAAUUCCCCAGGCCCCUGCUGGAUUGGCAGGCCCUGUCCGAGGAGUUGGGGGACCAUCCCAGCAGGUAAUGACUCCACAGGGAAGAGGCACUGUAGCAGCUGCUGCCGUUGCUGCCACUGCCAGCAUUGCUGGAGCCCCAACACAGUACCCACCAGGACGGGGGACUCCGCCCCCACCUGUCGGCAGAGCAACCCCACCUCCAGGCAUUAUGGCUCCUCCACCUGGUAUGAGACCACCCAUGGGCCCACCAAUUGGGCUUCCCCCUGCUCGAGGGACGCCCAUAGGCAUGCCCCCUCCGGGAAUGAGACCCCCUCCACCAGGAAUUAGAGGUCCACCUCCCCCAGGAAUGCGUCCACCAAGACCCUAGCAUACUGUUGAUCCAUCUCAGUCACUUUUUCCCCUGCACUGCGUCUUGUGAAAUUGUGUAGAGUGUUUGUGAGCUUUUUGUCCCCUCAUUCUGCAUUAAUAAUAGCUAAUAAUAAAUGCAUAGAGCAAUUAAACUGUGA